AUGACGCCAUACCGGGACGAUCUCUUCGAGAAUGAGGUCGUAAACACGAACGUCGAGGUGGCUUUUUCUGAUGGUAAGAAGCCGCGCGUGGCGGGAACCGGGUCGGUGUGCUUGAAGGGCAUCGACGGCAAGCGCAUCCAAAUGAUGGAGGUACUCCACAUUCCUCGCCUUGAUCGCCGCCUGCUGUCGGUGGGGGAAAUUGGAAGGACGCGAGUUAAGCGUCGAAUUCCGACGGGAUUCGUGUGUUAUCUGGGACAAGUCGACUGCGAUUGCCUCGGAGAAGAGACCCACCAAGGCCUACGUAUUGGACUGUUAGCAGGGAAUGACGCGAUUCGUCGAGUACAAGGGGUCAGUGAAUCAGUGGGAUCUGAGGCAUGCUUGCAUGAGGCACCCCAUGAGGUCGCGUAUGCGAAGACGCAGCGUGCAACGACUGGGAUGCCAGUUGUCAAGCAAGGGGUCAAGACGUUAAAUGGUGGCUGCAUGAAGGGAAAGCAGACGGUAGCGCAUAUUUCAUCAAGAUCGCUGUCCAAGUCAUCACGUGUACUAGUGCUAGUACACACGGACGUGAUGGGACCCAUGAAGACGAAGUCGAAGGAUGGAGCAAAGUACAUGUUCACCUUCGUGGAUGAUCACUCGAGGUUUGUGGUCGAGUACUUCCUCAAGAAGACGAGUGAAGUAGUGACCAAGUUCAAUGCGUACAAGCGCUGUACGAGAACCAGUGGGGUCAGCGAAUUAAGGUGA